AUGGCCGAAACCGGACAGCAACGAGCUCUUACCACCGCGUUCGCGCCGCCGCCGCCGUUAUGGAAGCACUUCAACACGGACAACAUCAAGAGACUGGAGGAGAUCAAGAAGGAAGCUUCGAAAGGAGAAGAUGGAAAAAUACAAGCGAAGAAAUGGACUCCGACUGAAUUGCGCGCGCUGGAUUUACCCCCAGAGCUUCGCUAUCUCGUCCCGCCAGAGAUUCCUACUACGGGGCACUACAGUGUCUUUGGCGAGCUCCAGAACCUUUCGACCGCCCUCCCCUCCCUGGAAGAACAAGGCAUUGAACAACUCUACCCCUCAUUAUCAACUGAAGAAGCCGCUCCCAAAUCGCCCUCGAAACCCUCUCAGCCAUUUAAUCACGCUUACUACCUUCUCAAAAUCAGCAAAUCCCUCCUCCUGAACUUCCUUGAGUUUGUCGGCGUCCUCUCAGUGGCUCCGGAGCAAUUCCAGUCGAAAGUGGAAGACCUGCGCAACUUGUUCAUCAACGCUCAUCACCUUCUGAAUCUCUAUCGACCGCACCAAGCACGCGAAUCUCUCAUAAUGAUGAUGGAAGAACAGUUGGACCGGACAAGGGAGGAGAUCCGAGAGAUGGACAAGGUGAAGGCUGAGAUUGAAGCUACCUUGGAACGGCUGAAGGCUGAAGGAAUCGACGCGGAUGCUGCCCUGGAAUUUAGAAACGGCGGCAAGCCUUCAACAGCCGACGAGUCUACAGAAGAGUCGCAGUUGGUAUGGGGGCUGAUGAACGAAUAA